CUCCACGUGCCUGCUUGUUUUUCUACGUCACUUCCUGGAUGGCAGACACUUGAACCAGCUAACUUUUAGCAGCAUUUCAAUAAGAUUCAAAUGUUUUUGCUCUGCAUCGUUCGUAAACUUUGCAGUCUUCAUUGCAGUCUUUAGAUUGCACUGUUUGUCAUAUGAUCUCCGAUUAAGUGCUUACUCUAACCGCUGUUGACAUAUUUUCUACGCUUAAUGUUGCUAGUUGAAUGCCGCUAGCAACGUUAGCUGGUACCAUUAGCAAGGGAGACUGCGGUAAAAGUUUAAAAACAGGGAUAUAAUUGAACUGACAUUCCUUUCAAUGUAUGGAUCAUGCGCUUGUAAGUAAUCAAACGUUUUGGCUAACUCUCAGGUUAAUUUAUGAAUACCUCGUUAGAAGUGCGUUUGCGUUAGUUGCAGUUCGGUUCCUCAUCAUCAUGUCUAAUCAGCUGACCACAGAGCAGCAGCGAAUGAUUGAGGAAAACAAACGCAAAGCUUUGGAGAGAAGAGCACAGAGACUUGGACAGACUAUCGGCGACAAUAAGCAGACCUCGGCAGGCUUCAACAGUACUUCAUUGCACACCUACAAACGUCAACUUGACUCUGAUCCUGUUGCGGCUCCUCACAGAGAGACACUGAGCUCAGCUUCUGCACCUAAACGGUUUGUUCCGCCUUUCCAAAAAGAUUCUCGGAGCUUAAAUAAUUACAAUCAAGGCUCAAAGCAGCAGCUAUUAUCUACAUCUGACAAACGAAUCCACCAAAAUACUAACUCUGCAUCUACCAGACAGAUAAAAGUAAUUGACCCACUUCCUCGUGUGAGCAGCCCUGUCUUGUCCAGCGGAGAAAGCUUUGGUGUGAAGCCAGCUCAUCCCAAACCUAACCUAACCUCCAACAGUUCUGGUGGUACAGUUGUGCCAUUCUACAAGCAAACCAGUAAACCGUGCCAGAGUCCUGUGGCACCGCUUUCCUCCACCUCAUCAACUUUCGCUGCUGUACCUGCAAAAAAGCCUGCCAUCUCUGUAAGAGGAAAAUGUUUAGUUCACACAGAGGGCCGCUUCAGAGUAGAAGUGGGCUACCACGCCGAGCUGAUUGCAGUUUUCAAAUCCAUUCCCUCAAAGAACUAUGACCCAGCCACAAAGAUGUGGAACUUCGGUCUGGAGGACUAUCAAGUGCUAAUGGAGAAAGCUACUGCGGUGGCUUCUGUGUCUUUGCGGCCUCUGGAGGGAAUGGAGGUUUUAGACGUUGCGGCAGCCACCAGCGCAGCUUGUGACGGUGCGGCACUGGGGGCGCUGCUGAAGCUGUGUAACGGCUGGCAGAAACCAGGAGCCACUGUGCAGGGCCAGUGUGUCCUGGUUUCUCCGACAAAGUUUGAGGUCGACAUCGGUUUCCAUGUAGACGUCAUUGCAGCAUUCAAGCAGAUGCCAACAAAGAACUAUGACAUGAAAACAAAAAAGUGGAAAUUUUCGCUAGGGGACUACAAGAGACUCUUGGAUGUCCUCAGUGGGAUAGCAGCAGUGGAGGUGGAGCCUUUGCCCAGGGCAAUAAUCCAGGCUUUCUCUGCCAGCUUUGACGGGACAGAAGCCAGGUCUUUAGACGUCCCUGAGGCAGACCUCUCCAGCAUCGACUCCUCGCUCACCUGCAGCCUUAUGCCCUUCCAGAGGGAAGGAGUCAAUUUUGCAGUGUCUAAACAAGGCCGCCUCCUCCUGGCUGAUGACAUGGGCCUGGGAAAGACUGUGCAGGCCAUCUGUAUAGCAGCUUACUACAGGAAAGAGUGGCCCUUGCUGGUGGUGGCUCCCUCCUCUGUGCGAUUCACCUGGGCCGAGGCCUUCAGACGCUGGCUCCCCUCCCUGAGUGCUGACAGCAUCAACGUGGUGGUGAAGGCCAAAGAAAAUCUGCACGCUGGUUUGGUCAACAUCGUCAGCUACGACCUGUUGAGCAGGAUUGACAAGCAGCAGCUAGCAAACACCUUCUAUGUCCUCAUCAUGGAUGAGAGUCACUUUCUGAAGAACAUGAAGACUGCUCGGUGUAAAGCAGCCUUGCCUCUGCUGAAGGCAGCAAAGAGAGUGAUGCUUCUGUCCGGCACCCCCGCCAUGUCCAGACCCUCUGAGCUCUACACACAGAUUCUGGCCGUCCGACCUACACUAUUCCCUCGCUUCCAUGAGUUCGGCAUGCGCUACUGCGCUGCCACACAGUCGCCUUGGGGGUGGGACUACUCUGGCUCCUCUAACCUGGGAGAAUUGAAGCUGUUGCUGGAGGAGUGUUUGAUGUUGCGCCGGCUCAAAAGCGAAGUCCUCUCCCAGCUUCCUGCUAAACAGCGCAAGGUUGUCACAGUGACAAUAGACGGUGUAAACAGCCGCAUAAAAGCCGCUCUGUCAGCUGCUGCCAAGCAGUUGGCCAAUGAACAGAGCAAUAAGAAGGAAGAGAAGGACGCCCUCCUCGUCUUUUAUAACCACACAGCUGAAGCCAAGCUGCAAGCCAUUAUGGAGUACAUCACAGACAUGCUGGAGUGUGGGAGGGAGAAGUUUCUUGUGUUCGCCCAUCAUAGGUUAGUCCUGGAUCAUAUCAGCAGCGAAUUGGGAAAAAAGAACGUGAGUUUUAUCCGUAUUGACGGCUCCACAUCCUCUGCUGAUCGGCAGCAGCUGUGUGAUCGGUUUCAGAGCACCACUCAGACCUGCGUGGCUGUACUCUCCAUCACUGCGGCCAACAUGGGCCUCACCCUGCACGCUGCAGACCUGGUGGUCUUUGCUGAGCUUUUCUGGAACCCAGGGGUUCUCGUGCAGGCCGAGGACAGGGUGCACCGUAUUGGACAGACCAGCAACGUGAACAUUCACUACCUGGUUGCCAAGGGAACAGCUGAUGAUCACCUGUGGCCAAUGAUCCAGCAGAAAAUGAAUGUCUUGGAGCAGGUGGGUUUGUCUGAGUCAAACCUCUCCGACAAAGCAGUGAUCGCCAGCUUCCACUCCAAGGACCCUAAACAGAGGAGCAUCAUGGAGAUGUUCCAGAGGUCUUUCACUGGGGAUAACGACAUGGAUGAAGCCCUCUUACUGGAGGCUGCAGACGACUGGGAUGACACCCCGCCUGAAAACAGUUCUGCUCAACGCCAUGGUGUUGUCGGACAAAACCCCAGCAAAAGCGGCAUGAUAGACCUUUUCAGCAGAUGACUCUGAAACCCUCCCUGUUGAGCCUAUCAUGACUUUUCAGAGCUACUUUUUGUAAAAGAUGUAAAAUAACUGAACAACCCUAUAUAUAUUUUGACAGAUAAGAAAAAAUAAAGAAAUGUGUAACACA